CAAACUUCACUCGCCGGAAUCCUCUCCCCCUCGCCGGAAAACCGCGACUUUUCGCCCUCUUUGGCGAUUUUCGGCCAUUUUUGGUCGGUUUUUCACAAAUCCAACACCACACCCACCCUUUCCUCUCCAUCAUCGGCAUAUCCCUCGAUUUUGAGCUGAUUUGGAUCGAUUUUGAGUCGCCGGAGGCGAUUUCCGGCGAGACUGCGACGAGCACUUUCGGGCAGUUUUUCGGCCUUUCGUCGCUUCCAUUGCCUUCCCCUCAUCAUCCCCUACACCUCUACUUGAGUCUCCAGGUUUGAUUUUUUACUUUAACUAUGUGAUUUAUGGAGAAUUGGGUGUUAGGGUGCAUGUUUAGAGAACCACUUUGAAUCAUGUGAAUUAUGUGCAAUUGAUUGAUGGGAAUGCUUGGACUAUGUGUGAAUUGUGUUGGGCAAUGUCCCCCUUGAUUGUUUGAGCCCUUGUGUGCUAGAAUUUUGUCAAUUUCAUGUUUACCUUAAUAGUGCACACAAGGUGUUCGAUGAAAUGCCUGUUUUUCAUGCCGUGUUGUGCGCUCCGGUUGGGGCCCUUAAUGAUGUGCUUUGAGGGUGUAUUUGCUAUGGAUGUGAACCUUAAGUUGCCUACUUUAUCGUGAAUGUGCACCCCGACUCAGAUUAUGCUUGAUUGAUCGAAUUUUUGAUCCCCGAACUAUGGAUGAACCCAUGGUUAGGUUGUUUUCUGUUCUUAAGUGUGGGGGGUGUGAUUAACCUUUUCUUUGGCUCUUUUGGUUCCACUUUGGGUUGUUCUUUUGCAGGACCAUGACGAAACCUGACCCCAAGCACCCGUUCAUCCGGGAUUUGAAGAGGGGCCCCUACCAGGAUCGUUUCAAACACGUCCUGGCCUGCUCGUUUGGGCAGCAUCAUUGCUGGUCCAGGUGGGAGUUUGAGAAGCUGCACUGCUACGAGCACUUUUCCGCCAUCGUCACCAACCGCCCGUGGCGCCGUCUGCUCUCCAUCCGCGAGAAGGUUUACCACGAGCCCGUGCUGGAGUUCUAUACGACCUUCAAGCACACAUCCACAGAGGAUUGGACAAACGGUGCAGCCGUCAAAUUCAGGCUCGGCGGUGCACCCCGGUCCAUGAGCUACCACGAGCUGGCCACCGCUCUCGACCUCGGCCUGGCCGAUGGUGAGGACUACGUCACCGAGCUCAACGAUCCGGUGGGCGUGAACUUCAAGAUGCUGUACACCCGCCUAGCUCAGCCAGGCCAGCAGCGUCCCUUCGUGGCAGGGAAGACGAAGGCUAGCACCCUGCAGCUCGACAACCGCCUCCUCCACCACCUGCUGGCGAAGUCCUACACCCCAGCUUCGGACAGUGCCAACGCCAUCACCAGGCGCGCCUUGUACUUCAUCCAGUCCAUCCGCCAGGCCGACCAUCCUCUCCACUUGGGUUCUGUGGUGGCCAGAACCUUUGAGAAGAGUGCUUCGGAAUUGAAGAGCCUCCACUGCACUCCCCUCAUCACCCGCCUGGCCACCUACUUCGGGUUAUCACUGCAGGGGUGCACAGAGCAGGGGAGCACCAGUGUCUUUGGCAGAGAUACGAUUCAUCGCAUGCACCUGCUGCGAGAGAACCGAGGCAUCAUGUGGAUCAAGGGGUUUCCGGAACCUCAGAUCCCAGAGGAGGAACAGCCCGAGGAUCUGGAGGAUGAGGCUGCGACUGCUGAUGAUGUGCAGCCCGAGGAUGUGGAUGAUGCUGCUGCCCCCGCCCCACCACCUUCGAGUACGGGGGUGGAAGCCUCGCUUUCCCCGGUCAGGACUACUUCACUCACCAGUUCGAGCAGCUGCGUAUCCGGAACUAGCAGCUCUUUGACCAGCAGCUCCAGGACCAUCAACCCUCGACUAAAGCAAUCGAUCCACUACUAUCAAUCUAUGGUGCUCUAUUAACCUAAUCAGGUAUUCCCUCUCAUAGGAUCAAAGCAUAAUCAAUAAUCUCGACUAAAGCAUAAUUGAAUCAUGAAAAAAUGCAUAGAUUGAAUAUGAACUCAAGAUUAUCAAUUCAGAGUACUCAUACAAUCAUCCAAUCAAACAACUAUAGCUAGGGUUCCUCAAAACCUAAGUGAAGGGAAGUUACUCCAUAGAGAAGAGAGAGACUGCAGUAAGAAUCUCCAGAUGAUUAGUCUUCAAGUCCGGGCUUGUUCCUCGAGCUUCCAAGGCAAAGAAAUCCUCCAAUUCCACUCCAAGAAUGCCCUCAAAUCGCCCUCUCUCUCUUUGGUUCGUCCCUUGGGUGUUUUGGGAUCCAAAACCCAUCUCUCCCUCUCCUUUGGCUCGAAUUUGCGUUAAAAAACCUGAUUCUGGGCA